CAAUGUUAUCCAAAGAUGAGGUACAUAUUAGGGAAGCGACUGAAAAUAGCCUUACAUUGGAGAUAACACCAGCCGAAACAAAGAAUUGUGAUGAAUAUAUGUUGCAAAUUUCGCCUGCACCUGAAAACACUAAUGGAACAAAAAGGAAAUAUUGUUCCAAAAGCACCUCAUUUACUUUCACAAACCUCAGCUCAAGCACGAUGUACAAUAUUGCAAUCACUGUUAUAGCAGGUGGUUAUAAUAAUGAUGCUACACCUACUGUUACGGCAUAUACAUACCCAGAUACGGUACAAAAUGCAAGUGUUGUCAAGCAAAGUGAUUCUUCCAUACAUGUCAGUGUUUAUUAUGAUGGUAACAAUAGCGACAAUAUAACAUAUGCGUUAAUUGUUCAGUCAACAGACGGACUUCUUGAUGAUACCAGCUGCGGGCAAACUAGUGACAUGGUCGUUUUCUCAAAUAAUUCCUUUUUCGAAAUCAAGAAUCUUAGAAGUGGAUCAUAUUAUACAAUAGAAGUAUACUCCUGUUUCAAUGGUUUGAAAUCGCGACAUCCCUCUGUCUUAAAAACUCUUACAAAACCCGAAACUCCAACAGUAAGUCUCAUAGAGGUCAGUGAGCAUGCGUUAACCGCACGUUGGAAUGUUUCUACUGCUAAUCCAGCUGUAAAUCUCACAAUUGACAUUUCACCUAGACCAAAUAUUACAGAAAUAGAUAUUCCAGUAACUAUUGACAAGGGUCAAAAUGUCUCGGGAACUUAUAUUUUUCUUGGGCUGAUUGCUGGGAAGAACUAUACAGUUACCGUGCAUGGUAUUAUAGAAUCUGCAGAAAAUAAUUCACAAGGAAUAGUCAAUGGUGAAAAUGGCGAAAUUCAAACAUACACGAGACCAUAUUCUGCAGAAAUAACAGUGGCACAUCAGUCAGAAACAAGUAUAGAAUUUAAUGCGAGUAGUAAAAGUGAUUUCGAAAAAUUACUAGUAGUCAGCGAUAAAUUUCAAGAUAAAGUAAUAACUUUAAAAGAUGGUAAAUGGGUGGUGAGAAAUUUAACAAUAGGAACAAAUUAUACAAUGAAAUUCUACGCUAUGAUUGGUGACCAGACAAGUUCAAAUUUCACAAUCAUUGAAGAUAUAUGGACACGUAAGUUAUUUUCAUAUGUCGUGGAAGAAUCCACUGUUUAUCGUCACUGUUGUCAUAAAAUUGCUUAUUAUUCAAUCGGCUUAUAUCAAAGUAGUUUCAAGCAUUAGAAACAUGUACACAAUAUCUCAUGCUGAAUCAUUCUUUUUUUUUUUCAUUGGUCGUAACGUCGGUUCCGAUGUUUUACAAGCGUAUCAAU